UGAGGUGGAGUCCCACCCCUUGGCCGCGGGAAGCCCUGGUUCUCCAGGCGGGCCCCCAGGCUCCCCGGUGAAUUUAGCCUGGAACCUGGUCCUAGAUUUUAUUUUCUCUUUCUUUUUUUUUUCCGUUCCUUUCCUCCCUGUCACGUGAAGCGGCAGCCAGAGACUGGCACUUCCUCAGGACACGUGACCCGGCAGUGCAGUGGCUCUGGGUCCCCUCCUCCUAAGGCUGCUGCCUCUGCGAUCGCUUCUCCUCCCGCCGCCGAGCUCGCUCUCCAACCCCCCUCCCCCGGCCCCCCGGAGGAGCGCGCCUCGUCUCGCCGCGGGGAGCCAGGGAUAGAACGGCGCGCGCGCGGACUGCUGGUCUCCAGAGAUGUUGGCUUAUUUAUAGGAGUUGCUUGAAACAAGAGUCAUGGUGGAUGUAGGGAGUGGCCCAUAUUUACCCUGCUCUCACCUCCAGGAGAUUCUUCUUAUUCGGAAAGCAUGUGUCUUUGGCACAUCAGCUAAUGAAGCUAUCUACGUUACCCAUAGCGAUGAGGUGUUUGUAUUUGGACUGAACUGUAGUAACUGCCUGGGACGGGAUAAUCAGAGCACCAUUGUACAAAAGCUAGAGGCAUUAUGUGGAAAGAAAGAUUUAAAAGCCUUAGUUAUGGAAGUGGGCCACACUGUGCUUCUCAGCACUGAAGAUGGAGUGGUGUAUGCCUGGGGUCACAAUGGAUAUAGCCAGCUUGGGAAUGGAACAACCAAUCAAGGCAUUGCUCCCAUUCAAGUUUGUACUAAUCUCUUGAUUAAGCAAGUGGUUGAAGUUGCUUGUGGUUCACAUCAUUCUAUGGCUCUGGCAGCUGAUGGAGAGGUUUAUGCUUGGGGUUAUAAUAACUGCGGUCAAGUGGGGUCUGGAUCUACAGCAAAUCAACCAACUCCUAGGAAAGUCACAAAUUGUUUACACAUUAAGAGGGUGGUCGGCAUAGCAUGUGGCCAGACCUCUUCAAUGGCUGUAUUGGACAAUGGUGAGGUGUAUGGCUGGGGUUAUAACGGCAAUGGUCAGCUAGGCCUGGGAAAUAAUGGCAAUCAGCUGACCCCUUGUAGAGUGGCAGCUUUACACAGUGUGUGUGUUCUUCAGAUUGUCUGCGGCUAUGCACACACACUAGCACUAACAGAUGAGGGCUUGCUGUAUGCCUGGGGAGCUAACACUUAUGGGCAGCUAGGAACUGGCAGUAAAAGUAACCUGCUAAGCCCAGCACAGAUCAUGGUGGAAAAAGAAAGGGUAGUAGAGAUCGCGGCUUGUCAUUCUGCCCACACUUCUGCUGCCAAGACCCAGGGUGGCCAUGUGUAUAUGUGGGGCCAGUGUCGAGGUCAGUCAGUGAUUCUUCCUCACCUCACCCACUUCUCCUGCACAGAUGAUGUGUUUGCCUGCUUUGCCACUCCUGCUGUGACAUGGCGCCUUCUCUCUGUAGAGCAUGAAGACUUUCUAACAGUUGCAGAGUCGUUGAAGAAAGAGUUUGAUAGUCCAGACACUGCAGAUCUGAAGUUCCGAGUGGAUGGAAAAUACAUUCAUGUCCAUAAAGCUGUUUUAAAAAUCCGGUGCGAACAUUUUCGAACUAUGUUCCAAUCUUACUGGAAUGAGGACAUGAAAGAGGUGAUAGAAAUAGACCAGUUUUCUUACCCAGUGUAUCGUGCCUUUCUUCAGUACCUUUACACAGACACAGUUGACUUGCCACCUGAAGAUGCUAUAGGUCUUUUGGAUUUGGCUACAUCUUACUGUGAAAAUAGAUUGAAAAAACUUUGUCAGCAUAUCAUCAAACGCGGGAUUACUGUGGAGAAUGCCUUUUCAUUGCUCUCUGCUGCAGUCAGAUACGAUGCAGAGGAUUUAGAAGAAUUCUGCUUUAAGUUUUGCGUCAAUCAUUUGACAGAAGUUACACAGACUGCAGCAUUUUGGCAAAUGGAUGGCCCUCUACUAAAGGAAUUCAUUGCUAAGGCCAGUAAAUGUGGAGCCUUUAAGAACUGAAGCAUAUGGCUGUGAGUUGUGUGCGUGCGUGUGUGUGUGUGUGUGUGUUCAUAUGUGCAUGUGUGUGUGCGUGUGUGCGUGCGUGUGUGUGUGUGUGUGUAUGUGUGUGCUGUGUUUUCUCUAGGGCAUUAUUACUGAUAUGCCCAGUGUGUGCCCUAGAGGCUAAUGUAAUUCUGCAGGUAAAAAAACAAAUGAAAACAAAAAACAACCAAACUGUAUUUCACUCCAGAGAGGAGUCUCUGCAUAGAAACUCAUGAAGAAUGUACUGUUUUCUCUCUACUCUUUCGACCAACUCCUGUUGCCAGACUUGCACGUUUUUUAAAGGGUGACCUUUUCUCACAUUUUGACUGGAACAUUGGGAAGGGAUGAAAGUUUGCUGUUGCUUCAGUUCCAAAGAGAACCCAUGCCUGAAGAGUGGAAGUCUAGAGCUAGGAAGCCAUAUGUUUGGUUUUCAGAGCACUAACCCCUUGGUGCCAGGCUUGGAGAUGUUUCACAAAAUGUUAGAAUUUUUCAUUAAUACGGGACCUCUGGAUUUAUUUAACUCCUGUGGGCUAACAGGUAACAUAUCUCUGGUUGAGGUGCUGCACGAGUUGUGAUUCCGGUGGGAUUACUAUGAAGGAACAAUUGGGGUUGCUCAGGCUUCUUUGUCUAUGUUAUCAUGCAUUUGUUUUCCCUGUCUAGUAUAUGAAAAAAAAUUUGUUUUUAUAAGUGCUUAAAGGAAACUAUGCAGUCUACAAAACAUAUGUGAAAUGUAACUUACAGAGGUAGACGACAAGGAUUUUAGGAGCUCUUAAGAUAUAAAAACACAAAGCAUGGUAACUUUUGAACUAACUUUGAAAUGAUGGAUGAGACUGCUUUUGGAAGGUUGGAGCUAUUAGUCAUAUUAGUAAAUCCUCUCUCAACUAGGGCUACCACCUUCCCCCUCCCUCGAGGGCCCUCUGUUUUUGGAUAACAUUUUUAUCUUAUUGAAGUGGUGCAUAUUUACACUUAAUUGUUUUUAAUUUCUAAUAUAAAUAUGGCUUGUAAAGGAAAAUAAUCAUACCCUCUGUACUUUCAGAAAUCCUCUUGCUUUCCCAGCCACCAGGUGUAAUCAUUAAUCUUCCUCCUCAGUUCAGUAAACACAUAGGUAGGUGCAUGGCCUCAGGCAAGGGGCCCGUUAAAGAACCUUAGGCCUCCUAGGAACUUGAGCAUUCUUUACUGCAUCAGAAAAGAGGAGGCAGUUCUUGAGAACCCGUUGUCUUGAAAGGCUUAAUGUAGUUUUUCCUUGAUCUAUUUUAUCUGAUCCAAAUACUCUGGCCAUUUGUCAGAUUAAAUUCUGAACUCAGACACAUUCUGUGGAUUUCCCACCCAUUAUUGCCCAUGUGCAGGAUUAUUAUUUUUUUUCAAUGUAGCAUUUUAUUUAAGUAGGAACUCUGUUAUUUCUGUUAUAAUUAUAAAAUAUUUUACUUUUAGUUAGUAUUAGGACAAAUAAGGAAGCUGCUGAAUGGAUAUAUCUAAAUACAUAUAUAUAUACAUGCAUGUAUGUGUGUGUGUGUGUGUGUGUAUAUAUAUAUGCACACACAUAUAUAAUUGUUCAUUGCUUUUAAAAAGGGAACUUUUUUUAAACUUCCAACCUACAGGAAUUCCUUUCCAAAGUCUUACCCAGUUCUCUUGCUCUGUUGUUAAGUUAGAGGGUUUUUUGGGUGGGAGGAGGGAGGUGAAGCAAAGUUUUCCUCUUUAGUGGAGCCCCAGAAUUUUGGAGGUAGACAGAAAUUAGUCUUUACUCAAACAGUAGUUUCAUAUGAAACUGCAGCUGCUAUUUUUAGCAAUUGUUGGUUAAUUUUAAAAGUGAGGCCAAAAAGUUAGUAUUCAGUGACAUGUUAAAUAAAUGCAAACAUAGACACUCAGCCCUCCCUUUCUUGACCAUGCAGAUGGGCUUUUGUUGCAAGUGACUAGAGUCCAUGGAUUUCUAGGUAAGAAUUAAUUGUGCAAUAUGAUGGGGAUUGGGAAAAGCACACUAAUUUAUUGAUUGCCAGUACUAGAGUAGGCAGUGUAUGUAAUAAAUGCCACUACUCAGUGGAUUUACAAUCUGAAUAAAACAAAAUUUUGAGUAUCUGUUAGAGACAAUAGCUCUUCAAAUUGUUUAUCAUCUUCAAAUAAGAACUGGGGUUCUUGUACUUGAAAAUUUUCAUUCUCAUCAUUUCUGAUUUAGUCCAUAUAAAUGGAUAAAAGUGAAAUUAAAAAGUCAAAAUUA